GGCCCUGGGUGGGAGCUCGGCGCCCCUCUGGCCUUAUCCAUAGAGUGUCUGUGCCCCUCUCUGCCGCCCCGCCUUGGCUUGUCCUGCCGGUAGAUUGUCCGUCUGUCUGUCUGUCUGGCCUGGCCUGGCCUGGCCCUUGCACUCUCAUUGUCUGUGCCAUGUCUAUCUGGCCUUGUCCCGAGACCCCCCCGUCUGUCUGUCCCUCCGUCUGUCCGUCCUGCCCCUAGACCCUCCGUCUGUCCAUCCUGCCCCGAGACCCUCUGUCUGUCUGUCCCCGCGUCUGUCUGUCCUGCCCCGAGACCCUCCGUCUGUCUGUCCUGCCCCGAGACCCUCCGUCUGUCCGUCCUGCCCCUAGACCCUCCAUCUGUCCGUCCCCCGUCUGUCUGUCCUGAGACCCUCCGUCUGUCUGUCCCCCCGUCUGUCUGUCCUGCCCCUAGACCCUCCGUCUGUCUGUCCCCCCCUCUGUCUGGCCCUGCUGGUAGAUUGUCUGUACCCCCUGUCUGUCUGUCUCUGGCUUCCUGUCUGUCUGUCACUGGCCCGUAGACUUUAAUUGCAUGUUCCUCCAUGUCUGUGCCUUUGAUUCUCGCCGUGCCUACUCCUGUCCUGUUGUCCUUCCCUUUGACUUUUCCUCUGUCUGUCCUACAGUCUGACUCUGAAAUAGAGGUUUUACACAUUGCUGCAUCGUCCCCCAGAAUGAUAAUGUUGUGGCAGGUCAUAUCCCACCGCAGCGCAGUCUUGCUUCAACAGUUGAGAUGCUUCCGUGCAUGUCACAAGACGAGAAAGUCUGGACAGUCCUGCAAACGAGACUCGUGAAGCAUUGGUGCCUGAACUCACUUGGAUCUGCUGGAUAACAACAAUUGAUGCGUAAGGGUUGUACAAAGUGGCAGACCUCAGAGUGUGAGUUUGGGGCCUUCCGUGGUAUUUGAGCGAAUAUUGUUGCCUGAUUCUGAAUGAUGUCAGAACAGGAUUUGGCAGAUGUGGUUCAAAUUGCAGUGGAAGACUUGAACCCAGAUCAUCCAGAAUCACAUGGGUGAACGAACCUCUGCACUAAUGAAGAACUCCAGUGAAGCUGUUUUGGUUCUGCAUGUGUGCAGUGGUCUACCCAUAUAGUUCUCAUAGCAAGACUGGGGACUAACUUUGGAAUGCGGUAUUAGACGAUAUGAGGAAGCAAUGAAACACUGAAGACAUUUUGUAUUGGAGAAUCAUGAGGUGACAGAUGAAGAUGUAGAGCCUGCUCUGAAACGCCAACGGAUAGAAAUUAACUGCCAGGAUCCCUCUAUUAAGUCGUUCCUGUAUUCCAUUAACCAGACAAUAUGCCUGCGACUGGAUAGCAUUGAGGCAAAGCUGCUGGCACUAGAGGCUACCUGCAAAUCGUUGGAAGAGAAAUUGGACCUCGUCAUGAACAAACAGCAUAGCCCUAUCCAAGUCCCCAUGGUGGCGGGUUCUCCCCUUGGUGCUACACAGACGUGCAAUAAAGUGCGAUGUGUUGUCCCACAGACUACAGUUAUACUGAACAAUGAUCGGCAGAAUUCAAUAGUAGCCAAGAUGGUUGGGCAGGAAGAGCCAUUGAGCAGAACAGCGGAUUCUCUGGAAAAUAUCCUUAGCAAUGCUGUUCCGGGUCGUAGACAGAACACCAUUGUGGUGAAGGUGCCAGGGCACGACGACAGCCACAAUGAAGAUGGAGAGAGCGGGUCUGAGGCCAGUGACUCAGUUUCCAACAGUGGCCAGUUAGGAAGCCAAAGUAUUGGGAACAAUGUUACUCUUAUUACACUGAACUCUGAAGAGGAUUACCCCAAUGGGACAUGGCUUGGAGAUGAAAACAAUCCUGAGAUGCGAGUCCGUUGCCCCAUCACCCCAGCUGACAUGCUGCAUAUCAGCACCAACUGCCGCACAGCUGAGAAGAUGGCACUGACGUUGCUAGAUUACCUCUUCCACCGGGAAAUUCAGGCCAUCUCCAACCUUUCAGGGCAAGGGAAGCAUGGGAAGAAGCAGCUUGAUCCGCUCAUGAUUUAUGGUAUUCGCUGUCACCUUUUCUAUAAAUUUGGAAUUACAGAGUCCGACUGGUACCGGAUCAAGCAGAGCAUAGACUCCAAAUGCCGGACAGCUUGGCGGCGAAAACAGCGAGGCCAGAGUCUUGCGGUGAAAAGUUUUUCCAGGCGAACGCCUUCCUCUUCAUCUUAUAGUGGCUCAGCCACAGAUCAGUUUCCCAUGAUGCAUACAGAAGACAAGAAUGUUCGAGAGGGUACUCAGAGCACAGUGUCAGCAUCUAAUGAAAUCCAGCCGAACCAGCCACAGGCCCUACACUAUGCACUGGCUAAUGCUCAGCAGGUUCAAAUCCACCAAAUAGGAGAAGAUGGCCAAGUCCAAGUAAUCCCACAGGGUCACCUCCACAUAGCCCAGGUGCCUCAAGGGGAGCAGGUCCAAAUCACACAGGACAGCGAGGGUAAUCUGCAGAUACAUCAGGUUCAUGUCGGUCAAGAUGGGCAGGUGUUACACGGUGCUCAGUUGAUAGCUGUUGCCUCUGCAGAUCCUGCAUCUGGGGGCGUAGAUGGAUCCCCACUCCAAGGGAGUGAUAUCCAGGUCCAAUACGUCCAGCUGGCACCAGUGACAGACCACGCUGCUACUAAUCAAAGCACAGAUUCCCUUCAAUCAACUAUCCAGCCAGAAAUGCAGAUAGAACACGGAGCAAUCCAGAUCCAGUAAAGCAGGAACUGUGGAAGCUUCAUAGAUCCAGAUGCCAGUGACCACAGUCAGAAGCUAAAGGCUGCCGCCCACGUACAACAACAGGAGAAAGGAUGUGACCAUCAGACUAACAGACAUUUUCAUUUACGUCUCCUAUACUACAGUUAUCCAGUACACUGGAAAAACCCCAGAACCUCAUCUAGUUUUCAGGCCCCCCGGAUUUGUGGCUUGGCAGCUCUCACUUCCCGAGGACGUCACGGCUUAUCUCGAGACCCUGUGAGGGGUAUGGAUCCAUCCUGGAGGGCUCAGGUGGCCUAUUGAUUCCAAGCACCGAUUCCAUCCUGAAUGAAGUCUUCUCCAGAAGUCCUGAACCAGGUUUAUUUGAAGCUUGUUGAACUUUAACUGGAAAAAUGAGCUGUGAAUUGACUCCGAGGCUUGCAGAGGCAGUCCAAAUGAGCCGCAGAUUUGAGUGUCUCACACUCUAUGUGUUUGGCAAACUGUCGUGCCUUAACACUGCUGAGGUCACUGUUAAGGGUUUGCAUUAGAGCGCAAGUUUGAUGACGUUGGGGUAUGUAUUGCUUUCGGGCAGCUGCUGCUGAUGGAAUUGAAAGCCUCAUGGAGUGUUGGAGUGUGUAGUUGACAGCAUUAUACGCAAUAUGAAGGGGAAAAGGAAUGCACAAGUCUUUCCCCUUAACUUCUUAUUUUCGGGCUUUUCGGGUUUUGGGUGGAUGAAGUGUGUCCUGAUGCAGUCUUAACUGUCACUAAUUAAUUUGAGGGGCUCCCAUGAGAUCACUAGGUCACUUAGACUACAUAUUAAUGGUCCUUUAGAACCCUUUCCUUCCCUAUCAUUUCACAGUAAAGUAAUAAACUUGAUUUUUAUUUAACGUAGGAGGGCGAAUCCAACUUCUAUGGUUGGCUGCUUAAAUUGUAAGUGUAAAUGGCAACUUAGAAGUUCAGUUCCUUGUUUUGCAUGCUUUGGGGGGGUCCUUUGCUGUGCAGAUGUGGGGGUUGUGCACGCAGUUCUUGCAUCGACAUUUUUCAAUAAUGAUCUGCCGAAGAGUAAAAUUGUAACAAAACCUUGUGCCAUUGUGAGUUUGGAUCCUAUCUGAUUCAGCACUUUAUUAUGUCUCUGGUGCCCCAAAUCUAACGUAUCCCAAUGAAAGUGCUCUCUGUCUUUCAGCAUAGAAUAAACCAGGAAGGUCUCGGUUAAGCAGUGUACUUAAGCAUGUGCCGAACUUAAAGUGAGUAGCGUAUAAGUACCUUGAGGCUAGGAUCCAUAUCAGCUUCUGGCUCUUGCCAGAGCCAGACUGGUGCUUAACAAAGUCCUAAUCCUCACCCGUCUCAUCUCUCUAGUUUGGGUUGUAUGCCGUUUGGAGAAGGGACUGCACUUCCCUCUCCAUGUGCGUGCGGCGCUGAGCCCCCUGCCAAUGCUCAGUAAAUUCAGCAUGGGCUCGGGAACAUGGUCAGUUUCUGCAAGAGGAUCUCCUGCUACCUACAUUUCCCAACUGCAGCAGACAUGGUAUUUCUACUUGUGAUUUUCACUGUAGAGGGGUGGAAAGUAAUAUCCUUGCUUGGAGCUGACCCAUCCUUCAGUGAAAGCUCUGGGAGGUCUGUUUAUUACCAAUGAGUGACAUGCUGAAAUCCUGACACAAAGUACUUAUGUUCCAACGUAAUUAUUGACUUUCUGCCAGGGAAUGUGCAUGUCCUCCCAAGAGCUGUUUUCAUCCAUGCUGUGACAGACACACACAGACACUCUCUCUCUCUUGCUCUCUUUUGAGCUGCCUUUGAAGAAGCAAGAAAGGAAGGGCGUAAUGUAGGUUGGACCACAUUGCAUGAAUCAUUGCUUAGCCAUGCAGCUUGAUUUGGAUGCAGGCAUGCUGACGUGAGGCAGUCCUCUGGCAUUUCAGUGGUUCUGUAUCAAUGCCAGAAGAUGGCAGCCCCUGGAGUAGCAAAAGGUCUCCAUUCCAGGGCAUCCUGGCUUGCCAAGAAGUUGCCUCUCCAAUAUCAAUCAGAGCGGGAGAGAACAUGUAGGAAAGAUGGCAAACCUUAAACUGAGUGAUGGAGCCCAACCCUUUCUCUCAGGUGUGGGUACAUGUCCUGGAUUAUUUGUCAAUGGAAAUUUUAAAAUAAAUGUCAUCCAUAUUUGCCUAGAAGCAAAAGGUUCAUGCGUGAAAUGUAUUGCUUGUGUAAAUCCUGGUGCACCACAGAAAAUGGUGGUGCAAGGGAUAGUGGCGACUCCAUUAAUUAUUUAUUAAUUAAAUAAAAUAUUAAUGGAAAUAAUUAAAAGUAAAACAAUAAUUAAGAUAAUGCAGACUAGCAAUAUCACCUGUACUUGUUUUAUACACCCACUGAAUACUGAAUCACUGCUCUAUUCGUCUUCACCCUUUUUUUUUUUUUUAACCAACAGAACUUGCUUUCUGCAUCAGGUGUUGAACAUGGGUUGGUCUUGUCUCCACCAGUGGCUAAGCCUGACUGUGUUCUACCAUGUUUGGAGGAAGCAGGUAGCUUUGUUUGGCAUCACAUUGCAACUAUUGACAUGGCCUUAGAAGUGGAACAUGCAAGGCAGAGCGGUAUGACUUGGCUUUUGGGAAGAAGCAGAGGGAACCUCAGAAUUGAUGGAAUUCAGUGGUGACACGUGCUAAGUAAUCCCACCUCGGAGGAAAUAAUUGAAUUGUUCCUACACUUUUCUGUGUUCUAAAUGUACUGGAUCAACUCAGGAGAAAGCCCUAGAUUUCUUUUGUGGACUGCUCCGUGAAGAUCUCAGCUCGAUGGACAGCAACGGUAGCAGAGGAAAAAGAGGUGAACAGCAAUGUUAGGGUUCAUUUGGAACAGAACAGAGAAUAAUAGGGAUAAUGUUAUAAUGCCAUAAUAUAAAUCAAUGGUAUAUCUUC